AAAUUGAUGACUGCGUAGAGGAGAUGUUAUAGCCAUAUCAACUAAGUUAGUGUGAGUACAUGCCUUAUUAGAUACCAGACAGUUGACAAUGGCACGUCCUUAUGCCCUAGCCAUAGAAAAAGUUUCAGUCACAGACAGCAGCAUCUUUGACAUUAACGACAGUGGAUGGGGAAACCGUACUUAGUCACUCCUGGGUGCAAGGCUCUUUUCUUACUUUUUCUUAGUAAUGUUCUGUCUGAACUCAACUAUUCUCUGCUUAGCAUCUCCUAACAGCUGUGAUCAUCUUCGUUUUCCUUUCUGCCCUUUCCCUUCUCCCAUGCAUCGUUUCUCUGUCAGUGUUCAUUGCCUUUCACUCUGGAGUGAAGAUUCUUUCUGUCUCUGCACAUUUAAAGUCCCUCCUUUUCUCCUAGCAAUUACAGGGUUUGGUUUCUCUGUCCCAAGGUCUUAUCUUCUUAUGCCUUCUCUUCGUGUAUCUUCUCACUCCUACUUCUCCCCGCUGCCCGAAGGCAUUCUUCUUCUCUUAGAGGGUCUGUUCUUAACGGUGCUUUGUGUCUUUUUGCCCUCACCAAGGAUUUCCCUUUCUCACUGAGAUUUUCCCUUUUCCUUUUGCCUUACCCUUAGUUGUCACUGGGUAAUCCUCCUUCCCAUUUCUGAUAGUCCUGAGGAAGCCCUUUUUCAAACCUACCACUAGCAAGUGGAAACUUCUUGCCCAAGACAAAUGGAAAGCACUGCCAGGAGGUGUGAUGGGAAGGUACCUUACCUGCAUAGGGCAGGGGGAAAGCAGCCUCAUGUCCCCUCUGGCUGGCUACAAGCCAGCACAAGCAGAGUGGGGCCCUCUUGUACCACCAUGGGGUCUCUUGUACUAGCUGCAGUACAAAUCAAAGUAUAUCAAAGGGGUGUUGAGCAGCUUUCAGCUUCUCUUCCCUGUUCUUCCUCCCUUUUCUGCACCUCUGACUUCACCCUACUUUGCUGCCUUCUCCUUUCCUUUAUUCUAGACUUGUUUAAACAUGUCCACUGUUUUCCUUUUGCAUAACAUUUUACAGAAAAAUUCUUCUUUAAAAAUCACAUUGUCUUGAUAGCUGUCUUUAUGCCCUUUCCCCUAAUUUUUCUGUCCUCUUAUUUAUUUUUACAUGCACAAGCCUGGUCUCUUUGAAGAGAGGGAAGGCUUGCAGAUGAAAAAAAAAUGACCUGUGAUAGUGUCAGUUUUCUUCUGGCACCUUUCCAAUGCCUUUCGUGUAAGGGAGGGGAACUGACCAGUCUCUUUGGAUAAGCCAAGUGGACCAGAUUCGGGACAUGGCUCCUGGGCUCAGCAGUGCUCAAGUGUGCCUCAUAGCUGGAAGAACUCCAUUCAGCUUUCAGGACAGCACCAAAAACUGAACAAGGUUUUCUUCAUCACUUUAUUGGUCUAUCCGGAGUUAGGGAGGAUCGCAAAAUUAACUGAGAUUAUGAAAGAUGCCAACACCAUCUUCUAUAACCACCUCUGCAAUCCUUUGGCAGCUCAGGAAGGCAACAUGAUUUAAUAGUCAGACGAUCUCUGUAACAGAUCCCCAGCAACGUCUGUGAUGCUGCCUGUAUGGCUGGCUCAGUGUCUCCUAUGGGGAAUGUGUAGCAUCCAGCCGCUGGCAUCUUCUCCUGGCGGAAGCUCAACCAUUUGAAGAGAAGGGGAGGGAAAAAAAAAAAACCAAGCAGGAUGUUUGCACAUGCUGUUCUCUGCCUUCUCGCCUGGGUGUUUUGCUGAAGGAUUGGGACAUCUGCACAGAAAGGGAGAGCAGCGGUGGCUGGAGGCUGCCCUGUUUGGGGCUGAAGUUCCUCCGGCGCUGUGGGGGUUUGAGCGCAUGCAGCGCGCCGGGGGAGGCCAGCAGCAGGGACAGGAUCUCACUACCCGGCGCGUACAGACAGACCUGAUUAAAAUUCAAGCCUGAUGGCCUCUGGCAUAAACAAGAUUCAUCAGCCCGGGACUUGCGAUGGAUCUAAAGCAGCUCGCAGUAGCUCGGCAGAGGAAUGCAAUUGGGAAAUGCACGUGAAAAUGUGCAAGAAGAUUGCCCAGCUCACUAAGGUGAUAUAUGCCCUCAACGCUAAGAAUGAUGAACAUGAGGCUAGUAUACAGGCUCUGAGAGAGGCUCAUGAAGAAGAAAUUCAGCACGUUCUUGCUGAGACAAGGGAAACGAUUCUCCAGUGUAAAAGCAAAGCUGAAGAAGAACAAUUGCUGAGGAAACACAUUCAGGCCCUUGAAAUUGCAGUAGAACACCACAGGAGACUAAAGGAAAAAGCCUUGGCAGAGUUAACACUCUGCAAGAAGCAGGUGGAAGGGAGGGAGCCGAGAGCAGAAGCAAACCAAGCACAGACAGUCCUUUCUACAGACACAGUAGAUACCAAUGCAGACUUUGAAAACAAGCUUCUACAUUUAAAUCAGGAGUCUGGUGGACUGCUAAAUGAAUGCAAAGCAUCUGGGAGAGAAAAUCUAGAUAAAAAAGUAAAUUUAGAUGAAAAAUACAGUGUGGAAGGACAGGCUCUAAUAAAUAAGAUGGAAGACCUGAAGAGUGAGAACCAGAGAGCAACUGAAGAAUAUACACUGAAAACAAGCAAACUGCAAGCCUCUUAUGAGAGGGAAAAAGAGACUUUGAAAAGAGCUAUGCACCAAUCUAUAACAGAAACAAACAAUUAUCAGCAAAGAGAAAUGGAGCAAAGGAAGAGCUCAGAGGCUGAGGAAGGUUUUUUGCUGCAGCACGUAAAGAAGCUGGAGGCAGACCUCGAGGAGAAAAGCCAGAAGAUAAAUGAGAGGAAGAAGCAUUCCCAGAAAAUGAAGGAAAGAAUACAGACAGAAAAAUUAAGAUACAGAGAAGGAACCAGUUGGCAGCAUUGCAGUGGGAAUGGUGCAACACCUGAUCUUCAGGAGCUCCAGAUGCAGCUGGAGGAAUUUAAAAGAAAAUCUGAGUGUGAACUAAAGCAACUAGAGAAAGAGAAAGAUGUCCUAACUGGGAAACUUCAAAACUCUUCACUUGAGGUGGCUCAGCUGAAGCAAAUACUAGACCAACAAGCAAAUGAUUUCAAGGAGUCACUGAAGAAACAUAAUGUACAGUCCAACAAGGAAAAAGAGAAGCUUUUGCAGGAUCUUCAAAGCACCAUUAAAGAAAACCAGAAUGUUAAACUGCAGCUGGAGGCAUCGCAUCAAAAAGUCUUAAAAAUGUUGGAGAAAAGCAAAAAUCAGGAACUAAAGGAGGCAGAAGAACGUUUGAAAAAGGAAUUUAAUGAGACUUUCAAGAUCCAACAUCAGUCUCAUAAGCUGGAAAUACAAACCUUGGAAGAGAAAGCAAAGAAAGAAUUACAUGAUGAACUUGAGCAGAUACAGAAGCAGCAAAACCUGUUGCUAGGAUCUCUAAGGGUGGAACUCUCUGAGCAACAAACAUUGUGCAGUAAUCUCAAGAAACAAAUAGAUGAACUCCAAAUGGAGCUGAGGAGUGUGAGAACACUGAAGAAGCAACAGGAAGGAAGUAGCCAGAGCCAGAUCAGAUCUCUUCAUGAUGAACUGGAAAAAUGUCAGAGUGAAAUUUCCAAACUCAAGAAAGAGAAUUUACUUUUGAAGGACACAAUGGAGCUGCUCAGUGCUGAAUUGGAGUUGCAGAAGCAAGAAGCUGCACAGCUUCAGGACAGGGAGAAACCGCACAGAAGACUUAAAGAAUUAGAAGAAAAAUCAAGAAAGCGGGAGUCCAGAUCACAAGAUACACACCUUAUAGGCUGCCUGCAAGAUAAAUUAAGCGGGAGAGAAGAGAUUAUCAAGCAGCUGGCAGAAGGAAGAAAAUGUCAGUAUUCACUUUUAGCCAGCACUCAAACUUACAGGACUCGAUCAUUUUCUUUCAACCCUAAUACAGGAUGCUUGACUCCUUCCGUGAAGCAGCAGAAGAAAACGGUUCAGGUGCCCAGUCGUGUUGUCAGUGUUCCGAACUUAGCUUCCUACGCAAAGAGCUUUCUGAGCUGUGACUUGAGAUCAAAAGGAAGUGCUCCUCAAAUAACAAAAUCUACAAGCUUAGACCGGAGUCCUGGCUGCCUCAGGGUGGGCUCUCCAUCAGCACAGUCCUCAGACAGCAGUGCUGCCACAAGGCAGGUGGUGCUGACUGCUGCCAAAGACAAUAACCCAGGACACAGGCGUGGAUCCAGUUUGGCAAUUACUACAUCUUAAAAGCAUUGUGUCAUGCCAGAUGACUGCCAAAGCAAAUCAGAUUUGUAUCUUAAAGGGAAACAUACAGGGAGACUGAGGGUAGGUUGGCUGCUCCUUACUUUUCUAAAUUAAUAAGUGAAGUUAUAUUUGCUACUAAAAGCUAACCAAAACCAAUAUACAUGUUAAAAAAGCAUCCUGAAUGCUGAAAAAUCAAGUGUAAUAAGAUUGCCAGUCAAUAUUCCCAUCAGUCUUUCAGUUCCAGUUUUACCCAGCAUUUUUAACAAAUAAAUUGUAUUUCAUAUUUUUAAGAGUGAAUUGCAGCUGCCAUUCUCUGAUUUUCAAGACUUCAUAUUCUUGAAGCAUCUUUUUUUAUUUUUUAGAUGUCAAGAAUUAUGUUCAAACAUUUCUACCUAGCUGUUUAGCUCUCCUUCAAGCUUCCCUUUGUGUUACUACUAGUGCUGUUAGCCCAGUUACCAGGCUAGCACACAGCGCACUAGAAAUUGUAGCUGGCACCUUUUGGCCUCAUCCAGUUCAAGUGAGCACAGAUCCAUUCAUAAGAUCAUAUGUUUUCACAGGACAAAAAAGUAUUAAAUAUUGGUAAGAUUGUAAGUGAUGCUAAUGCUUAUUUGUUUGCACAGGACACAUGGCAAUGAACCACCGCAAACCAAAGAUGACCAAAACCAAGACCCUCAGCAUCAGGAAUGGUUUACUAAAUAUUUUUCAUUUUAAAUUAUACUAUUUCCAUGCUUCUCAGAAUUACUAGAAAAGCCGUUCCUGUUUUCUUUUAGGGAAUGAUAAUCCAAUAUAUGAUUCAGGGGAAAAAAAAAUAAUAUGUAAUUUCACAGUAAAUAAUUAGGAAUGACUGCACUCUCCUAAUUUAAUAAAUAUGGAGUUAUAGGCAUGGAUUUAAGAAAAAUGCAAUUUUUUUAACAAACGGUAAAAAAUGAAGUAAAAAGCAAAAUUCUGGAUACUGUUAUGUGAAGACACUUUUAAAUCUAGAGACUGUACCACUCCACAAUUAUGUUACAUAUGCAAUUUUAUCUCCGAUAUGUCCUGU